CUGAUGGAUGAGAUCAACUUCAUGAAAAUGUUCUUUGAUGCGGAGCUGUCCCAGAUGCAGACACAUGUCUCAGACACAUCUGUAGUCCUCUCUAUGGACAACAACCGCAGCCUGGACCUGGACAGCAUCAUAGCUGAGGUCAAAGCACAGUAUGAGGAUAUCGCCAACCGCAGUCGGACGGAAGCUGAGUCCUGGUACCAAACUAAGUACGAGGAGCUGCAGCAGACCGCUGGCAGGCAUGGUGACGACCUGAGAAACACCAAGCAUGAGAUCUCAGAGAUGAACCGCAUGAUCCAGAGGCUGAGAUCUGAGAUUGACAAUGUCAAGAAGCAG